AUGGAUUUUUCUGGGGUAAACGACAAUUUCCUCAAACUUUCCAAUGAGAUAUGUGCCACAGAAGCCGACAUUGUUUUCGUUCUGGACGCGUCUGGCUCCAUGAACCAGCAGGACUGGGCUCGUGUGGUCAGUUUCGCCCAGCAGAUCGUCCAGCAGUUCACGGUGUCCCCACAGGACACUCAGUUCGCGGCCAUCAGCUUCGACACCAGGCCCAGGAACCAGUUUAACCUGGUCCAGUAUAGCACCGCGGCGGAGGUGCAGACCGCCCUUCGCAAUAUCGAGCCGCUAGGCGGCAGCACGAACAUCGCCGGCGCUCUACUUCGUGCACGUGACUUGAUGACGAGUGUGUCUGCAGGAGCACGUGAUAACGCCGUCAAGAUCGCUAUUACAUUAACAGAUGGUGUUCAAAACAUUGACACUGACGGCACAGUGCGCGACGCUGCUAACGCUCUACGCGCCGCAAACGUCACGACAUUCGCCAUCUACGUCGGUACGGACCUUGCCUCCAAUCCCAAUAUCAACCAACAGAUGCAGGACAUGGCGACAAGACCGGAUUAUCUCUUUCAAGCGGACGAUUUUAACGCUUUAGCUGUUGCUGGUUUCACGCAGGACGUAGCUCAGACUAUUUGUAUAGUUGACAACUGUCAAGGGAUCGUAUGUCAAAAUGGCGGCUCGUGCGUUCACCUUUUAAAUGAUCACGAGUGUCGAUGUCUUCCUGGCUUCAGUGGAGAAUUCUGCGAGAUCAACCAAGCGGCUAGUGUAUUUACACAGUGGAGUCAAUGGGGCGAUUGUUCGGUGACCUGUGGCUUCGGAACCCAGACAAGAAAUCGGGCUUGUCCCGGAGGAGCUGGUGCUUGCGGUGAAGGGCCUUUAAGUGAGACCAGGUUCUGCUUUUUACAGUCCUGUACCACAGCUGGCUGGGCACAGUGGGGACAGUGGACAAGCUGCAGCGCCACCUGUGGUUCUGCAAACCGACAGCGAACGCGCACAUGCCCGUCUCCAAACCCUACAGCAGCAUGCCCUGGAUCCGCCACACAAACCCAGCAGUGUUUUCUUCCCCAGUGUUCCCUCAAUGCUGGCUAUGGCCAAUGGAGCAGUUGGUCAUCCUGCUCAGUGACCUGUGGUCAGGGUCAAGUGACAAGGACCAGGUUAUGUGACAGUCCACCCCCAUCCCCGGGUGGUCUGCCAUGUCAGGGGCCAUCCACAGAUUCCCUGAUUUGUUUCCUACCCACAUGUCCUGUCAAUGGCAACUGGGGACAGUGGGGGCAGUUUUCAACAUGCACUGCGACGUGCGGCCCGACUGCGACACAGACACGCACACGUGUUUGUAACAAUCCGCCUGCUCAGUUUGGUGGAGCUCCUUGUCCAGGACCUGCAUCAGAAACGGUGAACUGUAAUUUUCAGGAUUGUCCCACCAGUUCGUACGGACCUUGGGGCCAGUGGAGUGCAUGUCCAGUAACGUGUGGCGGUGCACAGCAGUUGAGAACGCGCGUGUGUAAUGUUGUGAACGGUGUGCCCUGCCCAGGUUUGGCAACAGAGAGUCGCCCCUGUAAUACAGAUACAUGUCCUGUGAGGGACCCCUGUAUCAACAUUGUUUGUUUCAACGGUGGCUCCUGCCGCGAGGAGAACUCUCGGUUGUACUGUGUAUGUCCGCCAGAGUACACUGGUUUACAUUGUACGACCAGAAUACAAGUGUCAGCCGUGUGCAGACAGACCCCAACUGUCACAGGAGCCACAUUUGUGCCACAGCAGCCACAGUACGCAGAGGGCAGCGUGCUGACAUACACAUGUGGCACUGGCUUUCAGCGGACAGCUGGGAGCACUACUGCCACCUGUCAGGGAGGGGGCUUUGUGUGGGGUACAGGCGGUGCCUUGGUCUGCACAAGAACCUGCCCUGCUCCAGUUGUCCCCGGGGCGACCUUCACCCCAGCAGCGGGACCCUACCUCCAGGGAGUAACAAUAACGGCAGCAUGUGGCGUAGGAUUUCUCCGUAGGUCUGGCUCCACCACAGCCACUUGUACCAAUGGCUCAUUUCAGUGGGGAACUGGGGGUGUACUGGUGUGUACAGCAUCAUGUGGGCCUCCCCCAAGUGUGACAGGAGCAACAUUUUCGCCAGCUGUAGGUCCUUGGGUAGAGGGCGCUGUAGUCACUUACAGUUGUAACGCUGGUUUAAUACAAGCUAAUGGUACUAGCACCACUGCUACUUGUACCAAUGGUGCUUUUCAGUGGGGCACCGGUGGUGCUCUGGUUUGUCAAGCAUCAUGUGGGACUCCCCCAAGUGUGACAGGAGCGACAUUUUCACCAGCUGUAGGUCCUUGGGUAGAGGGCGCUGUAGUCACUUACAGUUGUAACGUUGGUUUAAUACAAGCUAAUGGUACAAGCACCACUGCUACUUGUACCAAUGGUGCUUUUCAAUGGGGCACCGGUGGUCCUCUAGUUUGUCAAGCUCCUUGUUCUGCCCCGCCCUCCGUCACUGGAACCUCUUUCUCACCAGCUGUUGGCCCAUAUCUAGAGGGAGCCACAGUUACAUAUACAUGUACUGGUGGUCUUGUUCAAGCCAGCGGCACCAGUCGUACAGCGAGAUGUACUGGUGGCGCCUUUUUAUGGGUAGGAGGGGCUGCACUAACUUGUCAAGCUACCUGUUCUGCACCGCCCUCCGUCACUGGAGCCUCUUUCUCACCAACUGUUGGCCCAUAUGUAGAGGGAGCCACAGUCACAUAUACAUGUACUGGUGGUCUUGUUCAAGCCAGCGGCACCAGUCGUAUAGCAAGGUGUACUGGUGGCGCCUUCUUGUGGGUAGGAGGGACUGCACUGACUUGUCAAGCAUCAUGUGGGACUCCCCCAAGUGUGACAGGAGCAACAUUUUCACCAGCUGUAGGUCCCUGGUUAGAGGGCGCUGUAGUCACUUACAGUUGUAACGCUGGUUUAAUACAAGCUAAUGGUACUAGCACCACUGCUACUUGUACCAAUGGUGCUUUUCAGUGGGGCACCGGUGGUGCUCUGGUUUGUCAAGCUACAUGCUCAGCCCCAUCCUCCGUCACUGGAGCCUCUUUCUCACCAACUGUUGGCCCAUAUCUAGAGGGAGCCACAGUCACAUAUACAUGUACUGGUGGUCUUGUUCAAGCCAGCGGCACCAGUCGUACAGCAAGGUGUACUGGUGGCGCCUUCUUGUGGGUAGGAGGGGCCGCACUAACUUGUCAAGCAACCUGUGCAGCAGCUCCUGUGGUUGCUGGGGCAACCCCAUCCCCAGCGUCAGGCCCAUAUGUAGAUGGCGCCAGGGUCACAUAUAGAUGUAACAGUGGUUUGAUCCAAGUCAGUGGUACCAGUAAUACUGCUACCUGCACCAAUGGGGUAUUCCAGUGGGGCACUGGUGGUGCUUUUGUGUGUCAAGCCACAUGUCAGAACCCUCUGGCUGUCAGUGGAGCUACCUUCACGCCAUCUACAGGACCCUACAGUGAGGGUUCCGUUAUCACGUACUCCUGUAAUGGAGGCUUUGUCCAGACCAACGGCACCAGUACUACUGCAAGGUGCACCAAUGGCAUUUUUGUUUGGAGCACAGGUGGUGCCAUCUCUUGUAGAGGUAUCUGCCCCAGUCCUCCCAGUGUAAACGGAGCAGCUUUCAGUCCCCUGAAGCAACAGUACACAGAGGGCGAUGUCCUGACCUAUGUCUGCUCGUCAGGAUUCACUCCAACGUCUGGCAGCAAUAGAGCCACGUGUACAAACUCUGCCUUUGCUUGGGGUGCUGAUGGCGCCCUCUUCUGUGCAGCCAACUGUCCUAGCCCUCCUACCAUUCAGGGAGCAUCCAUUACUACAAAUUCAGCAACAUUCACUGAGGGAGCAGUUGUUGAUUACACGUGUAACUCUCCUGGCUUUGUACAGGUGAACGGCACUAGUUCUCGUGCCACGUGUUCUAACAGUACCUUUAUCUGGGGAGCUGGAGGCCCCAUUGAGUGCCAAGCAACUUGCUUGACAGCGCCAGUGGUUGCCGGGGCCACCGUCACCCCGGCACAAGGGUCUUAUGUCGAGGGAAGUGUACUGACAUAUGCCUGUAACAGCAACUACCGACAGGUCACCGGAACCAGCACCACCGCUAGAUGCACCAAUGGUGUCUUUGUCUGGGGAACUGGUGGUGCCACCAGGUGUCAAGCUUUAUGUCAGAGCCCACCAGAGGUCGUUAAUGCAGGGUUUGUCACUCAGGCCUCAGGACCUUUCAUAGAGGGCGACACUGUGACAUACGCUUGCACCACUGGGUUUGUCCAGACCAGUGGCUCGGCUUCGGUCAGAUGCACUAAUGGCACAUUUGACUGGGGUGUGGUCGGGAGCAUGGUGUGCCAAGCAUCAUGUAAUAGUAUCCCAGAAGUCCAAGGGGCGAGUUUUAAUUCGUCUGCAGCUUCGCCCUAUGUCAGUGGAGAUGUACUGACCUACAGUUGUAAUACUGGUUAUAUACAAACAAGUGGGAGUUUGACUGCACAGUGUCAGAAUGGAAGUUUUGUAUGGGGUAUAGAUGGCGCUCUUGUCUGUCAAGCCACCUGUGCCCAGGGUCCUCCGACCGUCCAGGGAGCCUCUUUCAAUCCGGCCACUGGUCCAUACCUGGAGGACAGUGUGGUCAGAUACGCCUGUCAGUCUGGCAAUACUCAGACAGGGGGCAGCACUGCAGCCAGAUGUAGAAAUGGUGUGUUCACCUGGGAUGCACCUGGAGUUUUGAACUGUACAGUAUCCUGCACAGUGCCACCUACUGUCCAGAGAGCAGACUUCUCACCUGAUCAGGGCCCAUACCUAGAUGGCACCGCAGUCACCUACGCUUGCUCAGGAAGCAGUGUCAGGACCUCUGGCAGUGAUGUGGCAACGUGUCAAGAUGGGAAUUACGUCUGGGGAUCCGGAGGGGCACUUGUUUGUGAAGCUGGUUGCCCUGGAGACACUCCUAAUGUAGCGGGGGCAUCACAUUUCCACGUAGGGACUUACACAGAGGGCGCCAGGGUCACAUACUUCUGUCUCAAUGGCUCCACCCAGACUGGAGGUAGCAGUUCUGUAAUCUGCCGAAAUGGAAAUUUUGUCUGGCAGAAUGGCCAACCCAUUAUAUGUCAAGCAUCCUGUGCUAGUGGACCCCCAAUAGUUGUUGGAGCUUCUUUCACGCCUGCCCAGGGACCAUAUAUAGAUGGCAGCACUGUUACUUAUGACUGCGGGUCGGGCUUUGUUAAGACUAAUGGAUCACUGACGGCAUCGUGUAACAAUGGAAACUUUGAGUGGGGUGCUGGAGGAUCCUUGGUCUGUACAGCUGGCUGUCCUCUGAGCCCCCCUACUGUCGCUGGGGCAAGAAUACUCAAUCCAGUGUCGGUGCACACAGAGGGCAGCACUGUCAACUAUGCUUGUCUUGAGAACUACAUAAAUACAGGGGGCAGCACUAGUGCAGUGUGCAGAGGUGGCACUUUUGUAUGGCAGAAUGGGCAAGCUAUAUCCUGUGAAUUGGGUUGUGCUGAGCGUCCACCAAAUGUCACAGGUGCUUCCUACAGCCCAGCCACAGGUCACAUUCAUCAGAACGAGGUCAUAACGUACUCCUGCAUGGCCGGAUACGUGCAGACAGCGGGUUCCAAUACAGCGACUUGCGUCAAUAGUAAUUAUGUAUGGACCAAUGGAGCUUUAGUGUGUUCAUCUGGUUGCUCAAUCUCCCCACCCUCAGUAGCGGGGGCCACACUAGUAGAUCCACGGGCCACCUAUACAGAAGGUUCCAGACUGACUUAUGUCUGCCAGGAGAUGUAUAUUAACACUGGAGGCAGUGAUGUAGCUGUCUGCCGGGGAGGAGUUUAUGUGUGGGAGGGCGGAAAUGCCAUUUCUUGUGAAUUGGGAUGUAGAAAUAUGCCGCCCAACAUCACGGGAGCCUCUUUCUCACCAGCGACUGGUUUGUACCAUGAGCGCGAUGUUGCCACAUAUGAGUGUGCAUCAGGGUACGUGCAGACUGCGGGUUCCAAUUUGGCAACAUGCAGAAGCGGAAAUUAUGUCUGGACCAAUGGGGCCAUUGUGUGUGAAUCUGGUUGCCAGGGAACCCCACCAACUGUGACGGGGGCCACACUAGUUAAUUCAGGGGCCACCUAUACAGAGGGUGCUAGGCUGAAUUACGUCUGCCAGCAGAAUUAUAUUCUCACUGGAGGCAGUGAGGUGGCUAUCUGUAGAGGUGGAACUUAUGUCUGGGAAAGGGGAACAGCUAUCUCUUGUGAAUUGGGCUGUGAAAACCCACCGUCCAGUAUGACAGGAGCCUCUUUCACCCCAGCCACAGGUCCUUAUCGUCAAAACACCGCCAUUACCUAUGCCUGCAGGUCGGGCUACGUCCAAACUGGGGGAUCCAGCCGCGCCACCUGUAUUAACAGCAGAUAUGUCUGGGACAGCAAUGGACCAAUCAGAUGUCAGCCUGGUUGUCAAGGCAACCCACCCACAGUUACAGGGGCCGAACUUAUUGCCCCAGGGGCAGCCUUCACUGAGGGCACCAUACUGCCUUACGUCUGCCAGGAUGGUUACAUUAACACGGGGGGCAGUAACAUGGCCAGGUGCUCUGGAGGAACAUUUGUUUGGGAUAGAGGACAGGCGAUCUCCUGUGAACGUGGUUGUGCUGGUGCACCUCCCAACGCAAUUGGAGCAGCCUACAUCCCCACUACUGGUCCGUACCGUGAAAAUAAUACUGUGACCUACUCCUGCUCAUUGGGCUAUGUCCAGACUAGGGGGUCAACGACUGCUAAAUGUACCAACAGCAGGUUUGAAUGGACUAAUGGGGCCAUUGUGUGUCAGCGUGGCUGUGGCACACCACCACAGAUAGGUGGAGCCACCUACAGUCCAGUCAGGGAAACUUACCUAGAGGGCGCUCAGGUGGAGUACGUCUGCUCAGCUGGCAAUGUGGGUAGAUCAAACAGGGAGGUGAUGACCUGCGUCAAUGGCAACUGGCAGGGAGUACGACUGCAGUGUCAGGCUGGCUGUGCACAGGGAGCUCCCACAGUGAAUGGAGCCAGGUAUUCUCCCAUGUUUGGUCCUUACCUCGAGGAGGCCACCGUGGUCUACGCCUGUUCUUUUGGUUUUGUCCGUAAGUCUGGCAGCCUCCAGGCCAAGUGUACUAAUGGCAGCUUUAUAUGGAACAACAACGAGGCCCUUGUGUGUGAACGUGGCUGUUCUGGAGAGCCCCAACGAGUGACGGGGGCCACAUAUUCCCAAGCAGGGCCUUACACAGAGGGCACAAGGAUUACGUACAGCUGUGGGGAUGACUUUGUACAAGUUGGAGGCACCAGCACCUUAUCUUGUACCAACUCCAGAUUUCAGUGGGGAGCUGAAGGACCAAUAGCUUGUCAGCCUGGUUGUAAAAAUGGUCCUGUUGAGGUGACCGGAGCCUCGUUUUCACCCUCCACUGGGCCUUACAUCCAAGGGUCGCAGGUGUUCUACAGAUGUCAGCUGGGUCAACUUCAGACGGCUGGGAGCAGUUUGGCCUUCUGUAAUAAUGGGAACUUUAUCUGGGCAGCUGGUGGUCAAAUUAAAUGUGAAGGUGGUUGCUUUAGUCCUCCCCCAGUUGCAUUUGCCACGCCUGAAAACACCCAAGGCCCAUUCCUAGAUGGCGUUAAUGUCACCUACAGUUGUCGAUCUGGCUAUGUUCCAACAGGUGGCAGUGGAGUAGCUCGCUGUGUCUCGGGGAACUUUGAAUGGGGAACACUAGGUCCUCUAAGAUGUCAAGCGGGCUGCCCUGGCCAGCCACCAGAAAUCAGUGGCGCCACCUAUACCCCAAGGGCACAGUACCUGGCCAGCGCCAGUGUGGAAUAUCGCUGUCGGGAUAGAUUUAUACAGGUUGGAGGUGGUGACAUAGUCACAUGUACCAGGGCUGGGUUUGUGUGGAAUUCUGGGGCUCCUAUUGUGUGCCAAGCUGGUUGUGCAGGCUCACCUCCAGUAGUCCAGAAUGCAGAGUUCAGUCCCUCUGUGGGUCCGUACAGGUCAGGAGUGACCGUCUUCUACACCUGUAACACGGGAUAUGUGGCCACUGCUGGGGUGACAGCUGCAAGGUGUACUGACGGAAACUUCCAGUGGGUGGACGGCACUGCACUACGCUGUGCACUUGGAUGUGGUGGGACCCCACCUUCUGUCGCAGGUGCCACACCACCAAAUCUGUCUUCCACACCACCAAACCUGGGCUCAGUGGCAACGUAUGCUUGUAGCACUGGGUUUUUCCGCACUUCUGGGAGCCUGACAGCCACCUGUACCAACACUGGCUGGAACUGGGGUUCUGAGGGAGUACUUCAGUGUUCUUCUGGCUGUCCACCACCCCCACAGAUAGAUGGCGCUGAGUACACUCCCAGGACAGGCCCAUACAGAGAAGGCAGCUCCCUCAGCUACUCCUGUGGUAGAGGGUAUAUCCAGAUAGCAGGCGCCAGAUCACUGAGAUGUGAGGCUGGUGUCUGGAUAGGAAGCAGGAUUGCUUGUGCCCGGGGCUGCAGUGAUGACCCCCCUAGCACCGAUGGUACCACCUGGGCCACCUCUGGCAGACCUUACAUGGAGGGUGCCAAGGCCAUAUACGUGUGUCUACCUAACCAUAUAGAGGACCGGGGGAACCACACCUUGGUCUGUACCAAUGGAGAGUUCCAGGGGGAGCCACUGGCCUGUGAAAGUGGUUGCCAGCAAAACCCCCCUGCUCUAAACCAUGCAGACUACUCCCCAGCAAAUGGCCCAUAUGCCACUGGAGCUAGGGUUACUUACAGAUGCCAUGACGACUAUGUCAAAGUGUCUGGUGGUGACUUCCUGACAUGUCAAAAUGGAGUGUUUGUUGGGAAUUAUAUUCAGUGUCAACGUGCAUGUCCUACUCCACCUUCAAACCCAGGCACCAUACAGAUUGCCACUGAACCAUUCAUAGAUGGCAGCACAGUCACAUAUUCCUGUGAGACUGGGGGUGUGGCUAUAGCUGGAGUCAACAAUUUAGUUUGCCAGGCAGGAAGUUGGCAGGGUCAGCCACUGGUCUGUAAUGAGGGCUGUACCACUCCUCCCUCCAUCGCCUCAGCCACAUACUCCCCGCCACAGGGUCCAUACAGGGAGGGUUCCCAGGUGACCUACACCUGCGCUACUGGUCUGGUCCAGACGUCCGGCAGCAGGACUCUCACCUGUAGAGGGGGGCAGUUUGUGGGGACUAGGAUGACCUGUGGAGUUGGCUGUACAAGUGACCCAGUGGCCCCAGCCAAUAGCUUCAGCAAUGCUACAGGAGGUCCUUAUCAAAAUGGCGACAUCAUCUACUACGAGUGUGUCAGUGGAUAUGUGCCAACAGGGGGCAGUGCGUUCCUCACCUGUAGCCAGGGGAGGUUUGUUGGGGAGCGCCUCACCUGCUCUGGUGGCUGCCUGUCCCCUCCUCCCAGCAUUCCCAAUGCCCUCCUGACGCCAAUGGCGCGGCCAUAUCUGUCAGGCAUGCUGGCCCAGUACAGAUGUGCGAACAAUUACGUCAAAGUUGGAACCAGUGAUUCGUUGACGUGUUCCAAUGGGCCUUGGAUAGGAACAAGAAUACAGUGUCAGCGUGGCUGUACAACUAUCCCCAAUAUUGCUAAUGCCCAGAAAUUGACCAAUGGCAACGUGUUCACAGAGGGCAGCAGUGUCACAUUUGGUUGUGUGACAGGGUACAUCCAAGAUGGUGGUAGUACAUCACUUGUCUGCAAUGGUGGAACUUUUCAGGGAGAACAGAUUGUUUGCAUACCUGCCACUGUAAGCUGUAGCACAGAGCCUCCCACUGUGACCAAUGCCAGAGUCAUUAAGAGUGGCGCCCCCUAUCCAGAUGGCGGCACUGUGCAGUAUGAGUGCCAGGCCAAAUACGUGAAAACAGGGGGCAGCACUAGUCUCACCUGUAACCGCGGCAACUGGGUUGGAGACAGGAUUGUAUGUGCAAAGGGAUGCAGUGGAAAUCCACCAGAGAUUCCCAAUGGCAAUGUGUUCAGCAGUGUGCCGCCAUAUUUGGAGGGUGCACAAGCAACUUACUUUUGUAACAGUGGCUUUGUGGUGGCCAGUGGAGACAUAACACUGCGAUGCACAGAUGGUAGAUUUACAGGAACCAUUCCUCAAUGUAGACCUGGUUGCCUACAGGCUCCCCCUACAAUACCCAACACGGAGCAGAGUGGAUCUGGACCCCCAUACCUAGAGGGCACCUUAACCUUCUACACCUGUGCCACGGGGUACAUUAAGGUCCAGGGAGAUGACCGGCUGACCUGUAGAAGUGGACAGUACGUGGGAGCUCCACUGAUAUGCGAAUCUGGGUGCCCCGCCCCUCCACAGGUAAACAAUGCAGAGGUGGCACUCCCCCCAGGGGGUCUAUACCAGGGCACUGUGGUGACGUAUUACUGCAGUGAUAACUAUGUACAGACUGGAGGAAGUAAGACACUGCGCUGUGAGAGAGGAAACUGGACAGGACAGAGAAUUCAGUGUAGUUCUGGCUGUGCUGGUUCCCCAGAGGUGGUUCCAAAUGCAGAAUUUACCACUACUUCAUCAGAACCUUACCUAGAGGCUGCCGUCUUGACCUACUCCUGUGUCAGUGGCACUGCCAAGAUUGGCGGAGCUGAGCAACUUGUCUGCCGCAGUGGAAAAUUUACGUGGAAUCAGGGUGGCGCUCUAGUGUGCCAGGCUGGUUGCCAGGGAGCACCUCCCACCAUACCACGUGCUACUCACAAUGGUGCAGGUGGUCCAUACCUACAGGGUACAGCAAUUACGUACACAUGCAACAGUGGAUUUGUUGCCAAUGGCGGCAGUCGCACUCUGACUUGUCGAGGAACAACUUUCCAGGGAGAGCCUUUACAGUGUGCAGCUGGUUGUGAGAGUCAACCCCCUUCAGUUCCCAGGACAGUCAAUAACGGCGGCAGUGGACCAUAUCUAACAGGACAAGUUGUCAGCUAUAGCUGUGCCGCAGGUAACGUGGCAAUCUCGGGAGAUCGUGACCUCAGGUGCAACAAUGGACCUUGGGUGGGAAACAGGCUGAACUGUCAAUCUGGUUGUAGUCAGAGCCUCCCAGAAGUCCUUGGCGGUGGCUAUGUGGCCCCAACAGGUCCAGUGACGCAGGGGACACAGAUCACAUACAACUGCAGCCAGGGGUUUGUACAGGUGGCGGGUUCGUCCUCGCUGAUCUGUAACAAUGGAGUCCUGCAGUGGCAGGGGGGAGAGCUGCAGUGCCGACCUGGUUGUACUGAGGUACCCACAGUUCCCAAUGCCAGGGUGAGAGCAGCAGCGCCACCUUUCAGACAGAACUCCUUGGUCUUGUAUGAGUGCAACCCAGGCUACAUUCAGACUGGUGGCUCCAUCUUUCUCUCCUGUAACAAUGGACAGUUUGUUGGACAAAAUAUAGUCUGUGAACCUGAAAAAAUAGAAUGUAUCAGAGAGCCGCCAUUGGUGGCUAAUGCUGUCAAUAAUGGAGCAGGAGCACCUUAUGCAGAUGGCGCCACUGUCACCUAUAGCUGUGCUGAGGGCCACGUCAAAGUGGGUGGGGGCUCGGAGUUGACAUGCAGUAGGAAUGAGUUUUUAGGCACCAGGAUUCAGUGUGCAUCUGGCUGUAAGGAAGGACCAUCUGUGGGUCAGAAUUCAAACCGUAACCUUGGUGCAGCACCAUAUCUAGAGGGAGCCACAGCUCGUUACUCCUGUAUCUCUGGUUAUGUCCCCGUCAGUGGCCAGACCUCCCUCACAUGUACCAGUGGGACAUUCCGUGGAGAUCCACUUGUCUGUAGACGUGGUUGUAGUGGAACGCCCCCUACACCUCCGCUGACCAGCCAUGACAGGACAACAGGACCCUAUCUCCAAGGAGACAUCAUCACCUACCAAUGCUUGCAGGGAAAUAUCAAAACAUCUGGUGACACCCAACUUCGUUGUGAUGGAGGGAAUUUUGUCGGCCAAGCUCUUGUUUGUGAAGCUGGCUGUUCAGGCAGCCCUCCAUCUGUGAUCAAUGCAGACCUGAGUGCAGGCUCAGGCCCCUACAGGGAGGGUUAUGUGGUAACCUACUCCUGUGCCACGGGGUACCUCCAGACUGGAGGACAACGCUUCCUCACCUGCCGCAGUGGCUCCUUCCAGGGAGAGAGAAUACGCUGUCAAAGUGGAUGUCCCAACCAACCUCCCCAGAUCCCCAAUGCAGCCAUGUCAGGUGUGAUCAGCCAGCCAUUCUUACAGGGCAGCACUGUCAGCUAUGUGUGUAACCUGGGCUAUGUGUCUGCCACCUCCAGCUCUAUGUCCAUCACAUGCCAGCAAGGACAGUGGGUGGGCAUGGAGAGUAUUAGAUGUCAAGCUGGAUGUAGUGACAGUCCACCCUCCAUCCCCUUCGCCACCCACAAUGGCCGCAACGAGUCAUCCGUCCAAGGUACCAGGGUCACUUACACGUGUCGGAAUGGAUUUAUCGCAGUGCGUGGAAGUCGAGUCUUAAUGUGUGGCAGCAGUGGAGGUUAUGAAGGCGAGAGACUGGUCUGUCAACCUGGGUGCGAUAACGAACCGCCAUCAAUAUUUGGAGCAACUAACGAUGCCAGUGGUGCCCCCUAUCAGCAAGGUCAUAGAGUGAGGUAUUCCUGCACCACGGGCAAUGUUGCUAUCAAUGGCAGUGAUGUUCUUACCUGUAAUGCUGGCACAUGGGAAGGCCAGAGACUACAAUGUAGACCUGGUUGCUCCCAGAAUCCACCUUUCAUCUUUGGUGCCUCUUUCGUGGUCCCCGGGGUACCCACCCAGGGGUCAACUGGCCCCCAGGGAUCAAGCGGUCCACUAGGACCUGUGUUACCUGCCUAUGUCCUGCAGGGCACACAGAUUCAGUACACGUGCGACACAGGAAGAGUGCGUGUCUCCGGCUCCCUCACACUCACAUGUGAUAAUGGUAUAUAUGUUGGAGAGAGGAUAAAGUGUGAAUUGGGCUGUGUGAGUGCACCUGUCAUCCCCAAUGCUGUUAUCAGUGUGGGUGAGGCACCAUACCUACGAGCAGAGACCGUCACGUUUGCAUGCGCCGAGAGAUACAUCAAGUCAGGAGGACAGGAGACACUGGUGUGCGGACGCAAUGGUUUUGAGGGAGAAAGACUUCAGUGUGAACCAAAAAUUGUUGGUUGCUACCAGGAGCCUCCCUCUCCAGCCAAUGCCGUCAGCAGUGCCACAGGAUCCCCGUAUGCAGAGGGCGUUGCUGUCACCUACAGCUGUGCCACGGGUUACGUGAAGAUCAGCGGAGACAGCAGCUUGACUUGCCGUAAUGAGCAGUGGCAAGGAAGUAAAAUUGUGUGUAGAGAGGGCUGUCCCUCCAACCCACCAGAUGCACCCUUCGCCACAUAUCAAGCUGGCUUUAUCCCUCGUCUUGAGGGCAGUGUUGCCACCUAUACUUGUGUACCUGGUACAAUCCAGGUGGGCGGGGACAGGGUGCUGGAGUGUAUUGAUGGACAGUUCAGGGGGCAGCUGAUUCAGUGCCAAGCUGGCUGUGGGAAUCCACCCUCUAUCACAAAUGCCAUUACAUCAUCGAAUGGCCCCUAUACUGAGGAUUACAUCGUGACCUAUCGCUGUGCAGAGCGUUACAUCCAGACAGGUGGUGACAGUAACCUGCGCUGUCAGAGAGGAAGCUACAUAGGCCAGAGGAUUGUUUGUGAACCUGGUUGCCUUGGCAACCCACCUGAGGUUCCAUUCGCUGCCCAUGACAUUGUGUCUCCUCCAUAUCGCAGUGGGCUGACGGUCAACUAUGGGUGCACCACAGGGUACGUGAGGGUCAGAGGCGACACCUCCCUCACCUGCAGGAACGGGGUAUUUGAAGGCACUGUUAUUGACUGUAGAGCUGGCUGUGCUGGUAGUCCACCUACCAUCCCUAACGCAGAGCUGCUGACUGUUGGACAAGGACCAUUCCUAGAGGGAGACACUGUACGAUAUGGUUGUAGCUCUGGUCGAGUGUCAAUAGGUGGCGAUGCUGUUCUCAGGUGCAGAAAUGGCAUCUGGGAAGGCAGACGCCUACAGUGUGAUGUUGGCUGCCUCCAACAGCCUCCCAGUGUUCCCAACACCAAGCUGGUGGCGGCCUCUAGUGGGCCGUAUCCCAAUGGCGCCGAGGUGGAGUAUAGCUGUGUGGACAACAUGGUCAUGGUGUCAGGCAACAGAAUGAAGUCUUGUAAUGGCGGAGAGUGGGUCGGCGCCUCCAUGGUCUGCAGACCUGGUUGUUCAGCAUCUCCCCCUGUUGUGGCAGGUACCACAAACGAUGCAAGUGGCGGCCCCUAUGAACAGAAUUCUGUGGUGACGUACUCGUGUAAUUCUGGCACUGUACAGACAGGUGGUAACGCCGCCCUGGUGUGCGGGAGUGACGGCGAGUGGGCGGGGUCUCUUAUUAUUUGUGCAGCUGGCUGCACUGAUGCGCCCCCUAUAGUACCACGUACUACCAACAAUGCAGGACCAGGACCGUAUGUUAAUGGGGCCAGCGUGACCUACUUCUGUGCCAGGGGAAAUGUCGCUGUGCGUGGGGACGCCACAUUGACUUGCCGAGAUGGGAAUUUUGUAGGAAGACAUCUUGAGUGUGAACCUGGCUGUGCUGAUAUGCCCCCUGAUGUCCCCCUGUCUGUCUACCUGUCCUCCCAGUCAGGUGUCUACCUGGAGGGGCAGCAGGUUACUUACCUGUGUAUUAGUGGGACUAUUAAAGUGUUUGGAGGGAUCCUCACCUGUAGAGGAGGGGUGUACGAGGGAGAGAGGAUUGUCUGUCAAAGAGGAUGUUUGCAGUCUCCUCCAACCAUCACCAAUGCCAUCUUGGAGACUGAAAGCAACAGAAUUGUAGAGGGCACUAAGAUCAGUUACAGAUGCCGGGAAGGAUACAUAAAGAUAGGUGGCGACAGUGAGCUGACAUGCAGCAAUGGUGAAUUUGAGGGAGCAAUGAUUGUCUGUGCAGCUGGCUGCACUGGGGCACCCCCUUCACUUCUCUAUGCUACACACAAUGGUGUCGCCCCCUACACCGAGGGUGAAGUUGUUACAUACAGCUGUGUUGAUGACGCUCGUCAAACUGGAGGAAGUAAUACUCUGACCUGCCAACAGGGGGAGUUCAGGGGCACAAGGAUUGUUUGUACAAAGGACACUAUCCCAACAAACACAUGCUCAAUGCCACCUAGUGUGCAGUUUGCAGUGCAUAACGCAGAAGGCAGCCUGUUCACAGAUGGCGCUGUGGUCACCUACAGCUGUGUGUCAGGGUAUCUCCAGAUUGGUGAUGAUACUGAACUGACAUGUAGAAAUAGACAGUGGGUUGGCACUCUUAUACAGUGUGAAGGUAUUAACUUUCAUCUAUUUUAA